AUUGAGCAGAAGAGGUGCCAUCGGCCGCGCUUUCAGCGUGGAUUCAAUUAAACACGUAAUACUCCGAUCAUUCCACUCGUGAAUUAUACUUAAAAAACGUCUUAGUAAUUUUUAAUUUUUUUGUGGGCUUUUCAUAAAAUGGGAGUAGUGAAGACUGGGUCUGAAGGCAUUUACGAGGAAGCUGUGAUACCUAGCGAAGAAGCUAAUAAUUCAUUACAAGCACAUGUUGAAGAGUGGACUGAGAGCUUCUCCUACCAGCUAUUAAUCGGUAGUGGUGUUGCACUCAUGGCUCUGGUCUUCCUUGCAACUGUAAGCUUUCACUGUUCAUCCACUUGGAAAUGGCUAAUGGGAGUCACCAGACGUGAGGGCGAUGAUGACGCAGACGAAGAUCUCUCCCAACAAAAUGCCAUAAGGAUUAGCCAUUCUCUGCCUGAUCUCCAGUGUGAGCCGAUUACUCAUGAAUAUGUUCAAGAACAGAAAGAAAAUAAAAAAGUACUUCGUCAAACUACCCUGCCUAUUGUCCCCACAAGACAUCAAACAUUUCAACGUCAAUUGUCUCAUCGACUUGAUCUUCCCAAUAUCAAGUUCAGCAUCUGUAGUCUGGAAAACCGUAGUGACUCAAGUCUUGGACUUAUCAAGCCUGAAUUGUAUAAGAAAGAUCUCACAAGACAAGAGAGUACAGAAAGUUCGAGUACAGCAGAGAUGGAAGUUGCUGGCAAACUACACUUCACACUUCGCUAUGAUAAAGAAAUGGAGGGCCUUGUUGUUCGAGUACUCUCAGCUGAAGGAUUGCCUAUUAAAGAUGUCACCGGGAGUAGCGAUCCUUAUGUUAAGAUUUAUCUUUUGCCCGAUCGAAAGAAGAAAUAUCAGACGAAAGUUCAUCGGAAGAAUUUAAAUCCUAUGUUUAAUGAAACUUUCAUCUUUAGCGUUCCUUAUGAUGACUUGAAGGAAAGAUAUCUGCAAUUUUCUGUCUACGAUUUUGAUAGAUUUUCCCGACAUGAUUUGAUUGGACAAGUUGUGUUAAAGGGAUUAUUGGAGUGUACUGAUUUAGAGCAGGAAAUCAACUAUUCUAUGGAAAUCCUUUGCGCAACACAGGAAAAAGUAAACUUAGGAGAAUUAAUGUUGACACUUUGCUAUUUGCCGACCGCAGGGCGACUUACUGUGACUGUAAUUAAAGCUAGAAAUUUGAAAGCUAUGGAUAUUACUGGAAAAUCAGAUCCAUAUGUGAAAAUUUAUUUAUUGUGCCAAGGAAAGAGAUUAAAAAAAAAGAAGACGACUGUGAAAAAAAAUACUCUCUUUCCAAUAUAUAAUGAAUCGUUGGUGUUUGAUGUACCAUCAGACAAUAUCGAGGACGUGAGUCUUAUUGUUAAAGUCAUCGAUUAUGACAGAAUCGGCUCAAAUGAAUUGAUGGGUUGUACAGCGAUAGGAUCGAGUUUCAUAGGUAUUGGAAGAGAUCACUGGUUAGAGAUGUUGGAUAAUCCGAGAAAACCAGUAGCACAAUGGUAUCCACUACUUGAAACGGUUGCUGGUCACAUUCCAACAGUAUCUUCAGAACCUCUUCCUGUAAGCCUCAGUUGCUUGAACAGCAGAUGAAGUUAACGGGACAAUUGCCGCUAAUGCAGGGGCUCAUAAAUUAUAUUGGACGACAUUUUGAAAAAUCGUCUUUUCUGUCCUCCUAUUGCUUGACAGAUAUUAAAUGCAACCCAAUGUCUUAAAGACAAGAAAAUAGGUUUUUUGCUUUGACCUAACUCUGGAACCCAACGACAAACAUAGAAUAAUAAACAGGUUAAAAUGAACAGGGUGGUUGUAUGGCGGUGGCCAUGAAACUUGUUGGCCUUAGAAAAUUAUUUUAAAUAAUAAAAACAUAUGAGUUUGGGUUAGGCCACAAAUAACAAAUCCACGAUAAUUUUUAAUAAUGAAGAUACUUUAAUAA